CUUACUAUACCGAUGGACAUGGAUGGGGAAGUAUUGAUAGUGUUAAAUUUGGUUCCGGCUAAUAGUAGCUUUAUUAUUCAAAAUGAAAAUCGAAAAGAUCGAGUAUGUUGGAUGAACCAUGAGGAAACGUAUAAAAUGGUGAUGCGCAUAUCUGUGCUGAAAUUCGAUCAUGCCGAACUCAUCUCUCUCUCCAAGCGCCUCACAACCCUUCGAUCUCUUCUUCCAUUCCACGCCAUUACUGUCACUACCGGCAACUCCACCAACCCCUUCAUUGCCGCCAAACUCAUCUCUCUCUACGACACUCUCAACCACCCUUCUUCCUCUUCAACCCUCUUCCACUCCCUUCCUUUCAAAGACAUUUUCCUAUGGAACUCCUUCCUCAAAACCCUCUUCUCUCGCUCCCUUUUCCCUCAACUUCUCUCCUUUUACUCCCUCAUGCGAUCUUCCAAUGUCUUGCCAAAUCAUUUCACUUUCCCUAUCAUUGCUUCUUCUUAUGCCCAUUUGAUGCUUCUCCCUUCUGGGAUCAACCUUCAUGGAUUGGCUUAUAAACUUGGUUUUUUUCCUUCUAGUUCAGCUGUUGGGUCUUCCUUUGUGUCCUUGUAUUCAAGGUGUGGCCAAAUGAAUGUUGCUGUUAAGGUGUUUGAUGAAAUUCCUGUGAGGGAUGUUGUUGCUUGGACUGCUCUUGUUAUUGGGUAUGUGCAAAAUGGGGAGAGUGAGAAGGGUUUGAAGUGUAUUAAUGAGAUGUAUGCUGUUCGGGAUGAUCAUGAUGCUCAGAGGCCUAAUUCCAGGACAUUUGAGGGUGGCUUUCUUGCUUGUGGGAAUCUGGGUGAUUUGUUUAGUGGCAGGUGUUUGCAUGGUUUGGUUGUGAGAAAUGGGAUUGGAUGUUCACUUGUUAUGCAAUCAUCGAUUUUGUCUAUGUAUUGUAAAUGUGGGGUGCCUCAAGAUGCUUAUCAAUCCUUUUGUGAAGUGAUCAACAAGGAUCUUUUGUCUUGGACAUCCAUCAUUGGUGUUUAUGCUAGGUUUGGGUUGAUGAGUGAUUGCGUGAGAUUCUUUUGGGAGAUGCGGGAAAAUCAAGUGUACCCAGAUGGAAUUGUUAUUGGUUGUAUUCUUUCGGGUUUUGGUAAUUCUGGGGAUGUAUAUGGAGGAAAAGCUUUCCAUGGAUUAGUCAUUAGGAGAUAUUAUGUGCCUGAUGAGAUGGUUUAUAAUUCAUUGUUGUUUAUGUACUGCAAAUUUGGUAUGUUAAGUUUUGCUGAGAAGCUCUUCUACUGGUGUCAAGGGAGCAUAGAGUGCUGGAACUUUAUGGUGGCUGGCUAUGGUAGAAUAGGCAAGAAUGUCAAAUGUAUUGAACUUUUUCGGGAGAUGCAGUGUUUAGGUAUUUGUUCUGAAUCAGUCAGCGUAGUUUCCGCAAUUGCUUCGUGUGGCCAGUUAAAAGAAAUCAACAUGGGAAGGUCAAUUCAUUGCAAUGUGAUAAAAGGUUUUGUAGACGAGUCUCUCUCGGUAACCAAUUCACUCAUAGAAAUGUAUGGAAAAUGUGAUAAAAUGACCAUUGCUUGGAGAAUAUUUAAUCAGUCUGAGAGGGAUGUAAUCCUGUGGAACACUCUGAUUUCAACUCAUAUUCAUGUCAAGCAUCAUGAAGGGGCCAUAAGCUUAUUUAACAAGAUGAUAAUGGAAGACCAGAAGCCUAACACAGCCACUUUGGUGUUAGUGCUAUCAGCUUGUUCUCACCUUGCAUCUCUAGAGAAAGGAGAAAGAGUUCACCACUAUAUAAAUGAAAACGGUUUUAAGCUCAAUUUACUUAUUGGCACAGCUUUGGUUGAUAUGUAUGCCAAGUGUGGGCAGCUAGAGAAAUCAAGGGAGGUAUUUGACUUGAUUAUGGAAAAGGAUGUAAUUUGCUGGAAUGCAAUGAUCUCGGGCUAUGGUAUGAAUGGAUAUGCCGAAUCUGCGGUGGAGAUAUUCAAUCAUAUGGAGGAAUCAAAUGUUAAGCCAAAUGAAAUUACUUUCCUCUCUGUUUUCUCAGCGUGUGCCCAUGCAGGACUUGUUGAAGAAGGUAAAUAUUUUUUCGCUAAAAUGCAGAGCUAUUCUGUGAAACCCGAUUUAAAGCACUACACUUGUAUGGUAGAUCUUUUGGGAAGGUCGUGUAAUUUAGAAGAAGCAGAAGAGUUAGUCUUAUCCAUGCCUGUUUCUCCGGAUGGUGGCGUGUGGGGAGCACUGUUAAGUGCUUGUAAAACUCACAAUCAAAUUGAAAUGGGAAUAAGAAUCGCCAAGUAUGCUAUUGACUCUGAACCAGAAAAUGAUGGAUACUAUAUAAUGCUAGCCAAUAUGUAUAGCUCUAUUGGGAGAUGGGAAGAAGCAGAAAAUGUGAGAAGGGCAAUGAAAGAUAGGUGUUUGCUGGGAAAGAAAGCUGGUUGGAGUGUGCUCUGAGCUAAAACUUCCUUUUAGUCAAGCUUAAUCUUUGGAAGGGUCAAAGGAAACUUCUGAAAGUUUACCUGAGUGUCAAUAAGCUUAAUUUCUUAAGUUUGGUCCUUUCCUAAGCUGUUUAUCAGCUAGUUAUAUUGAACAUUUAGGCUAAGGAAGCUGACAUGCUACAAGCAUGAAAACCUGUUUGCAUCAUAUCUUCCAUGAGCAUUUGUCAUCAAUGUUUUGGAUGCACAAGUCAUGCAGAUAUAAUUGGGUUAGCGACCAGCUGGCUUUGGAAUAUCAUUUGGGAUUUUGAACUUUGAAAAAAUCUGGAAGGAAAAGCAUAUUCACUUUCUCAAGACUCUGUGACUAGCUUGCAACAGUAGAUUCAGUUUAUCCAUAUUAUGGAAAUUUUGCAGAUUGAUACUGUGUGUGUUCACUGUCAAUGGGUUUUUUAUUCAGUUUGUUCAUGAGCAAGUGGAAGUGCGAAAUUUCUUAUUGUGGAUUAUCAUAUUUAAUCAUAGCUAGAGUUGUUGCUUCUUGGGGCGUGCAUUUCAUACAACUUACAACAUUGAAUGAAGAAUCCAAGGAAGUAAGAAACAAACAUUUUAUUGAACAAACUACAGAUUGCAAUAGGAGGCAACGAUACAUGUUUUCUUGAUAUUCUUGAGACACGUAUUCUUGUACAUCAAAUACCUUUACAACAUCUACAACACCAAACACUGAUACACUACAUAUCUUCUUUCAAACAAAUGGACAAAACACACUGAUAAACUACAUCUUUAUUUGGGGGACAUCAAAUGCUGCUUAAAGCUUCUCUAGUGUUAGCAAAACACAUGAAUUGCUUUUAAUGGAGGAGACCUUCACCUCACUGCAAAAAGCAAAGAUUAAUCAUGAAAUUAUACAUUGUCAAAGAUAAUCACAGGUAGUUUAUACAUUCAAGUUCAAGGUCAAUGAGUUAAGAUGAUACCUUAACAUUUGGACGGCUUUUUCAGACCACAUUUACCAGGCAAGGCCAUAGCAUUUGCGGGGUUAAUUCCAAAUAAAGGUAAUUCAGACUUGUAACCGCAAAGGCAAGUAAGAUUGCAACGGUGGACAACAUCGCAGCAUUUCGUAUCUGGGCUUGGUGGGUUUUCACCGGUAACGGCGUCAUGACAUAAUUUUAGCUCACUUGUUUCUAUGUUACAUAGUAAAACAGCUAGACUUCCACCCAACAUGGCAAAGAUCAAUGCUGCUACCAUCCACUGCACCAAAGUCUUUCCACUGGAAUGUGC